AUGCAUGAGAGGUAUGAUUUGAAGGGAUCCUCUUACAAGCGAAAAGCCAACGAACGCGAAUUAUCCAAGGCAAGUCCCACGCUCAAGGACCUCGAUUUCAAAGAACGUCAUCCCAACGGUAUUUGGCUGGAAGCGGAGACUUACGACGCGCUUAUGAAGACUAUAGAACGUGAUUGCAGACAAAAUCGUAAACGCAAUCAAACUUCCAAAGAUGUUGCCGAUGACGUCUCCAGUAGUGGUAGUGGCCAGGGAGCUGGCACCGAAAGGGCAAUUUCGCCGUCUGCAACUGGAACCACUUCAGUUUCACAGCAUCAACGAAAUGAUGGCGACGUGCUCUCUUUCGGUAGUCGUCGGUCAGCCUCGCCCUUUUCUCGUUCCGCAUUCCGUGCCGCUCGAUCAGGUGGCAACAAACGACUGGCCGCCUACUCCACUGCCAUGGAAUCAAUUGAAGCCAAAGCUGAGCCUGUGGAAAUUGAACCCAUCGACUCCCAGAAGGCCACUCUUCUCGGGGGUUUACCUGCUCGAAGUUAUUCCGGUGAUCGUCUCUUUCUCUUUAUCGGUAUAAUCGAUAUCCUCCAGAGUUAUCGAAUGAUCAAGAAGAUGGAGCAUACAAUUAAAUCUGUAGUCAUUGAUGCGGAGACCGUAUCAGUGACAAAUCCUAGCUUUUACGCCAAGCGAUUCCAAAAUGCCAUUGGCAAUUUCAUAUUCCGGCGAACUCCCUCUCCUUGGCCUCGGCAGCGGUUCGUGAAUUCACUUUCAAGAUUCCCCUCAUCAUACUCUUCGGGCUAUUCCACAUUGGUGAAAAAUCGAUACUAUCUCCCAUAUCAGGGAAGUGCCAACUGGAGUUUAGGAAGUCCUGACCUCUCUCAUUCCGCUUCUGUACCAGUCUGUCAGAUCGUGGCUUCUCCUCUUUCUGAACCGCGUUUUCCUCACUCCUUGGGAAGUGAACUUUCCUGGUGUGAACAGUCUAUUAUGAGUUUGAAAAUGGGCUCUGAAUCUGAUCUCUCAGAUACUAACACUACAACAAGUCAUAGUAGUGAAAAUAUAAUUAAUCGUGCUGAACCUACAGAUGGUACUGUUAUGACAUCUAUGGGUCCGAAGAAGGUGGAAGAUUUGGAUAAUGAAUUGGUUGCAGUUCAGAAAUUAUUGCGACGACAACGAGCUAAAAAACGGCGCCAAAUGUUAAACAGUUCUGAGACUAGUUUGCAUGCAUCCUCUAUGGGAGAUGUUCGUUCUGUGAACCAGUUUAAUAAAUCCACUCCUUCCUCGGCUGUGUCACAAAUGAAUUUGAAAUCGACUUCCAUGGUACCGCCACAGUAUGCCACUCUAUCUAAUCAGCAUGCUCUCCACCGAACUCAGAUGCCAACACUUGUUGACUCUCGCAGUCGGACCCCCUUGAGUGCACGUAAGGGACUCCCAACGAAGGUGCCCUCUCCUCUUUCUAACUCCAAAUCAAAACCUCUCAUUUCUAAUGUCUCCGUCUCUUCUUCUGCUCUCUGUACUUUUAUGCGUGAUGCUGAAUCAGAAUUUGAUACAUCUGCGUGA